CCCCUUCUCCUACACCUCUGUUCAAUGAUUUCGUUCCAGUAUUUUUGAACGCCAUUUUGGACCACGUAGAAUUUUUUUCUUUCUUUAUUACUAGAUUAACGCUUUAAUUUUUGUGAAAAGUUUAUGAAUUAUAAAACCUGUUAUCAUGGUUGUAUGUGCUGCAAUAAAAUGUUCCAAUUCGUCGCGAAUCAAACAGAUGCGAUUUUUUAAAUUUCCUAGCGAAGAAACACGAAGAAAAGUAUGGAUGACUAAUUCAGGACUUUUAAAUGAACCAGGACCUUACGCGAAAUUAUGCGAAAUUCAUUUUGAAGAAAAUCAGUUUGAGUUGCAUCGCCAGGAUGGUUGGAAGAAGUUAAAACCAAAUGCUGUUCCAACAGUUUUUCCAGAUCCUCCUGAAUCGCCUAAAAAAACAAAAGAAAAGAUUCGAAAACGCAAAAGAUCUUCAUCUGUAGAAUCUGAUUCUGAAAUUAAAGUCUCAAAAAAGAAGUCAAAACGCAGGAAGAAUUUGAGCAGCGAGGAGGAUAAUCAGACUGUGGCAAAAAGAAAAUCAUCUCGUAAAAAGAAUGCAACUCGUUCCUCUUCUGAUGGUUCAUCCCAACAGAAGGAAAAUGUUUCACCUACACGACGUAAAGGUCGACCUCGUAAAAUCAGUAAUCCAGAACCAGAUUCUUCUUCAGAGACAGAGGUUGAUGAAUCUGAGAUUGAAGAAGAGGAAGAAAGUGAACAAGAGAAGCAAAUUACUGUUUUGAAACGCGAAAAUGAGUCGAUGCGUCAGGAAAUUCAAGAAUUUGAGAAACAUAACAAAGCCAUGAGCAGAGUCAUUUUGGAACUAGAGAAACACAACAAGGCUAUGAGCCUAAAAUUGCAAGAGUUGGACAAAGAUAAUAAAGUAAUGAGUAAAAAACUUCAGGAUUUGGAAAAACAAAAUGAAGAUCUCAAAUCAAAAUUAAAUUGCUGUUUUUCUGAAGAACAAUUUGCAAGAAUGGAAAAAUUGAUGGCUCUUGGGAAAAUUGAAAGAUAUAUUCCUGGAAUAAAAUAAAACAAAGAAAAAAGAGUUUAUUUCAUUUUUUGAUCAAAUUUUACUAUAAUGCAUUGUAUUUGUUUUGACAUCUCUGUUAUUUGUUUCCUUAUUUCUGACUUGUACAUGUCUAUCAUGAGAUCUGCCAUUAGAUCUGUACUUGUCUGUUAUUGUGUGGAGUUCAGUUCAUAUGAAAUCAGUUAUCCGACAAACAUAACUAUGCCAUGCCAUCUAAACAUCUAAUUAAAUGUUGCACUGAAUGAAACAGUGCACAUGCACCAACUCUCUUUUAAUUUAUGCUGUAAUUAAAUUUUAUACCAAUUUUUUUUCUGUUGUUGUUCUGAAAAACAAAUUAUUGUGCAGUGUUUGACGGCUAUAAUGUAAAAAAAGAAUAUAUUUGCCGUAUGAAAAUAUUUUGAAAUAUUUCAACAUUUCUUGUUUGCAAAAAUGAAUUUUUAUAAACAGUUCUUCACUCUCUUCCUAAUGCAUUUGAAAUUUACUAUACUUCCUUAUUUUUGAUGCCAAUGCAUUAUUUAAUAUUUCACAAUUUAAUUAUCAGUUAUCAUGAAAUUAUUUUAAUUAUUUGUACCUUUUGCUGAUGAAUUUGAGAAAAGAAAUUGAUACUUAGUAUUUACCAUAAAGAAUUAUAAAUUAAAAGUGAACAUAAAAUAAUUAAAUUGAAAGAAAUCCUAUUAUUCAGCACAUUAAUAUAAGUGUGUUUAAAAAAUAAGUUUUUAUUAAAUUUUAUUGAAAUUCCUUUUAAAAUUCCUGAUGUAGAGAUUGAGAUAUAUGCACAAUCUUUGGCUAAUUUGCCUUUAAUUAUCCUUGAUUUCAAUUGGGAAUUGGAGAACGAGCUGGACUGAUAAUCAAAUAAAAUUUUGAAAUCAAUAAUUAUCAUGGAUAAAUAUAAAGAUUUCAGUAUCAUGGAGGAAAUAUAAAGAUUCUAUGGAAUAAAUUUUCUUUUUCGAUUCUUUAGCAAGGAUGAAAAUAUAUGAGUAAGGAAAAGGUGAAUCAUUCAUUUUGCAAUGAAAGAUUUUUCUUUGGUAUUUGAAGACAUUGGAAGAAGCAGAUGUGUGGGUCUUUCUUAUCCGCUCAUCAAAGUAAGUGAUGAUUCAAAUCUGAAUAGUUCGGAUUUAGUUGGAUAUAAUUAACCUCAAAAACAAAAGAUGGGGACAUCAUUCCAUUAAGUAAAAUAAACUUGAUUGAGUUUAUUUUAUUUAAUGGAAUUAAAUUUUAUAUUAUGGAUAAUUUUGAGUAUUUCUUGUCUUAAAAGAUUGAUAAAAUUUCUGAUGUAUUAAAAACAUGGUUUGUGAAAUUAUCGUUGUCAGAUCGACUUAUUCUUUGAAUUUAAAUGUUUUUCUUAUGCAUUGAUAAUCGACAUUUAAUCAAUUACAAGUAUUGCAUUUGAAGAAGAGAAUUAGAAUUUCAGUGUUUAAGAAAGUAUAAUAUAAAAAAUAAACAAUUUGAAAUGAAAUGAAUAAUUUUUUAAUAUUAAAUAUAGGAUUUGCAUAUUAUACUUUGAUUUCUAAAUUUUGAUCAAUGCAUAUUACCUUACAUUUAGCAUGCAAAAAUAAAUCGACUCCGUUGAUCCUAAAAUGAUGAGAUUUUGGAAGUUUUCAUUUGUAUACAAAGUGACAUAUUAUUCUCUCUUGCAGGAACUACUACAACCCAUUCAUAGAUAUGGCAUUAUAUUCAUGAUAGACAUGUUUGCAGAUAUUCAGAAAAUGCUACAUAUUCAUGUGUUUUUAUACCUGCUCUUGUUUUCUUUGUCAAUUUUUUAAAUUUCCAUCUUUAGAAGAAAUACUCAUUUAUGAGAUGUUCAUCAAUCUCGUGAAUCAGUCGACAUCUCUUAUAGAGUAUUUUAGGGUUCGAGUAAAAACAGAUGAUGUGUAUUUUGUUGUAGAAAAGACAAAUUUAUUUGAUAGAUUUUUAAAAUACUAGGAAAGUGGUAAUGCUUUGUAUUAUUGUUUAGUCAUAUAUUAUGUUUUUAAAAUUUUAUUUUUGUUAUACCUAGUUUCAUCACUGAUUUUUUUAAUUUUCUGCCUGAAAUAUUUGGGACAUUUCUUUUGUGAAAGUAGGCUAAUGAGAGCAAAAUGCUAUUUAAUAGACAAAACAUUUUAAUGUAAAUUUUAAAUAUAGGCCUUCUUGGGAAUGAUAAAUUUUAUAAAUUCCUGAUUGCUUUUAUUAUUAUUGCUGAAAAUAUUAUAUUUUAUUUAUUUGAUAUUUCUUUAAACUGUAUCAACGAAUAUCUUUUAGUAUUUAUUAUAAAAAAAAGUUAUGGACAAAUUUGAAAAUAUCAAUAAGAUGUUUCCUUAUCUGUUGCUUCAAAAUUAAUAUGAAGUAAUUUUUUAAGCUAUAAUUAAUUAUAUUUAUCUAAUUAAUAUAAUUAAUUAUAUUAAUCUGAUUAAUUAUACUUAUAAUUUUCUUUCAUAUUGCAUUGUUUUAUAAAAUAUUUAUUUUAUUUUUUAGCAAUGAUAUGUAUCAUUUUUGUGUUCAAAAGUCUAGUAAUGAAUGUGUUAAUGUCUAAAUCAAUGAUAUAGAAAUUUUAAUAUUUAAGACUUGAUUUCUUGCCUCUAUGGUGUUAGUGAUAUCAACUCUGUGCUUGAUCUGGAAAUUUUACUAUUGGAAAUCUUCUUUUAUAGCAACAGUUUAUGAAUCUUCUAAGCUGAUCCUAUAUAAAAUCUAAUUUAAUUUAUUCAGUAAUGAAUGCUGCAUAUUAAAUUCGAUUAGGUUUUCUUAUUUACAUGAAUAGCUGAGAGACAAAUAUCUUGGUUAAAAUUCUAGCUUAGUGUAAUCUUGAGUUUGUUGCCAUAUGGUAGCCUAAACAAGCAUGCAAAGUAGCUCUCCUACUAACUUUAAUGUUUUGUUUACCUUUUUUUUAAUGUCGAGGUGUGCACCUACUACAACAAUUUUAUCAGAGAUGAAAAUUUAAAAUAAUCAGAAAAUUAACAUUUUUUAAAGAAAAAUAAAAUGCAUAUUAUAAAUGUAAAUAUUAUCAUGGUUAAUAAUAAAACAUUCUCAUUUAUUUGUUAAGUGAAUUGCAAACAGAUAAUAUUUAUCCUUUUGCAUUUCUUAUUGAAUUGAUUCAAUUAAAAGCAUUUGUUCACGAAUAUUGUCUGAGCAGAAAAUAAAAGUUUAAAAGUAUAUGUUUAAGCUUUUUGAAUUUGUUUUCUUUAUUUUACAAUUUUUCAUUUUAAUAUUAUCUUGUCAUUCUAAAGGAAUUCCUUGUAAUUUGUUGUUCUUUUCCUGGAUUUUCUAAGAUAAUUCAACACAUGAGUGGUUGUUCAAGAAUGGGUAUCUGAUGGGUGAGAUGAUUAGAAAAAUUUUGAUCAUAAAUAUUAUCAGGGAUUUUGUAUUAAAGAAUUUGAUAUUUAUAUGGUGGAGUCCAUGUAGUGACAAAAUAAUGUCCAAUUACUGAAAAGUUCUGCUAUUUUUUUUAUAAAAUUUCUAAAUUAUUUUAUGUUUAAACGAAGGAUUAGCUGAAAUGAGUAAGUGUAUUUAUUUCUUAAAAUUUCUUCUUAAAAAGAACAUACAUUUCUAAUAGUGGAGCUACUGGAAUUGGUAUUUUUUUUUUCUGAGCUAUUUCUAUUAACUCUAUUAUUCUAUUUUCUUAAGUUAAAAAUUUCUGCCCAGGGAUGCUUCAAUUCUGCUUCAGAUGCCUUUGGCAUCCCAUGCUGUAACUUUAUUGCCCAAAACCCAGAUCAAUGGCACAGCCAGUUUACAGAGAUUCUUUAAAUCAGAAUUUAAAAGAGGUUCAUUAAUAGUAGUCUAUAGAAGUUCAAAAUGAAGUCUUCUUAAAUACAAUAUUCAUGAUCAAUAAAAAUUCAUAAUUUUAAUUUUAUAAAAAAGUAGCGAAUUAUAUCUGUGCUGCAUUAUUGUUUGUCUGGUCAAUUAUCUUGAUUGGCAACUUGUUAUUGUAAUUAUCAUUGAUAAGGUAAGAAGUACACAAAACUACAAUUUUACCAAUUUCUUGGAUUUUUAAGCUAUGUGAAAAACAUUUUCUAAAUUCUUUAGAAAACUUGUCUGAAUAUUUAUCUUUAAAAAAAGGAUUUUUGUAACAUUGAAUUUGUUUUUCUAAAUGCUUUUGAAAACUAACAGGAUCUAGCCUAUGAAACUUCACAAACAAUUUUUAUGUGUGCACUUUGUUAAAAUAGAUAUAGAUUAUAUCUUCAUGAAGGGUUAUAUGAAAAUAAAUUAUGUUUGAAGAAGUUCUUUUAAAUAUUGUAUUUGAUUAUUUGAAGCAAUUAUUCAUCAGCUUUAAAACUUUUUGUCUGUAAUGAAAUAAAACAAAUUGGAAUUUCAUUUGAGUAAAUAAAAAUCUGAAAAGUAACUGGAAUAAAAUUUGAUAUAUAUGUAUAUGAUUUAUGUUCAUAUUUUGUUUUCCCUUAUACCUGGAUAAAUUCUACCCCUUUCCCCCAGAAAGAAAAAAAAAAAAAAAACUAAUAAAAAUUUUUAAUACCUUCCCACCCCUUUUUUUAAUGCUUUCUGCCUGAAUGUUUACUCAUAACUGAAGUAAAUAGUAAAUACAGAACCCUGCUGAAAACCAUGGGAUGAAAAGUAUAUUAGUUUACAUUCAAAUUUUUCCUGUAAAUAACUCGUAUGUUAGAUAAUAGUUUGAAUGAUUUCAAUUCAUUUUUCUUGUUAUUUUAAUUGCAGAAGUGAUAAACAUUAUUAUAAUAAUUCCUGUAAAACUUUAUGACCUUGAAUCUCAUCGUUAUCUGUGUAUGUUUUUAUGAUGCAUAAUUGUAUGUUUUGGUGAAAUUUGAAUUGGUGAUUGAAGUGUUAGAUGAAUAUAGAUACUUCGGAAGUAUUCAUUGAGUAUGCCAUGAUGAUAACAUAUUAGUGCAUGUGUGCCAUGUUUUAAACAGUGAUAUUGUGAGGAAAUUGGAGAAAAAAAAUGUGCCACUCUAACCUUAGCUAUGCAUGUGUGCAUAAUUUAUUUGUGCAUGAACCUAUACUGUAAUUUUAGAUAAGAAAUUACAUUGCUGAUAAUUGUGUGAAAGUUGGUUAAAGAGUUCCUAAUGGAGUUCAUUUAUAUUAUAAAAUAUAUGUGGUUUCAAACUGUAUUAGCUGAUUAUUUACUUUUUCUCAUGUUUAGAGCCCUGCAUUUGGAACAGAAUCUUGCAUAAUUUUUCUAUGAUUAAAUUUUUGUUUUAGA